CCCAUAUCGAGCCGCAGGGCGCCGGAAGAGGAUGGACCUAAGAUGGCGGCGCCCAUGGGUGCCAGGAGGAGCCUCUCAUGUCGGGGAACGGAGCGGUGUGGGGGCGCGUGCGAGGCCGCCUCCGCGCCUUCCCCGAACACCUAGCGGCCUGUGGGGCCGAGGCAGCAGCCUACGGCAGGUGCGUGCAGGCGUCCACGGCCCCAGGCGGCCGCCUGACGAAGGACCUCUGUGCGCAGGAGUUCGAGGCCCUGCGGAGCUGCUUCGCUGCGGCGGCCAAGAAGACCCUGAGGGGAGGCCUUUAGGAUGGACGACCCAGCGCGGCACGUGCCCGAGGGAGCAGAGCCAGGCGCCUGGUGCUAACAGCCCCAACGACAGAUGUCUAAAACAUCUGAGGGUUUUAGAGCUGAAAGGACAGCGGGCAUGUCAGGGCGAGUUACGGGCAGAGGGCGAGUUGGUUUUCGUGCAUUGUGUGUGUGUGACGAUUUGGGUUAGAGUGAGACACAAUGAAGCGACAAUAAAGACCGUGGCAGACCACGCAA